AGCGUACUCAACAAGCAAUAUGAAUGGUAAGCUUAGUCAGUGGAAGGUAAGUUGAGCCUGGCUGCGAAGAAAUCAUUGCUAUUGCUGACCAGCAAGAUAGAUGCUGACCCAGAGACGGCUGCUGCCAAACUCCGCCCGUUAACGCCACUGGACAUCUCACAUACAGUUAUACUAGACCUAGUAUAGUAUGUCUCUGUGGCAUCUCCUGGAUUCAACCUGCUCGAAUAGAGAUCGCAGGGUCAUUUUAAGGGAGAAUUGUGUCAGGAAUUCCCAGAGCAGCUUGAAACACAUGCAGAUGAUCUCAUGCCCCACUGUAAAAGAGACCAUGGCUGAAGAGACAUCUACCAGGAUGGUUGUUGAAAAAUGGAAUAAAAAGAAAAAUCAAGAAAGACAUUGUGGCAUUCAUUCUCCCCCAACGGACAGACUGUAAGUAAUGAUCAGAAUGUGAAGAAUGACCCUUCAUUUGGGAGUAUUUGUGUAGAUGUGAACUCACUCUCAGAGACCAGUGACACUGGGAUCCUUUAUCUGAACCCUCAAACACCAAACUGGUCUCUUGUGGAGAAGUUUGCCGACCUUUCGCCGGAAGACGAAACAGGAGUCUGUGAGGACCAAGACCACAGCAGUCGAGCAACCAAGAACCACCAAGUGCAAAGAGAUGCCUCAGCCAAAAACAGGGCAUCUAAACUCAAAGAGCUGAAUGUUGAGGAGUAUUCUCCAGGUGGAGGUGGGAAUAAGACCAGAAAGAAGGAUGUGAAUAAUUCCUCUGUUAAGAAGUUACUUAAAAAGAGUGAAGAUAAUAAGAUUCCUCGACUCUUGGUAGCAAUGAAAAAACGUAGUGAGGUUAACGCGGAGCACCGUCCCUUCAAGUGUCCACACUGCCAUUGGGCUUUUAAGAAGUUGUGCAACCUGCAGAGUCACUUACAAACACACACUGGCCUCAAGCCACAUGUGUGUGAUAAAUGUGGCAAGGCUUACUCCCAUCAGGGCACGCUGCAGCAGCACAAGCGCCUUCACACGGGUGAAAGACCAUAUCACUGCCCCUUCUGUGUCAAGACCUAUAUUUGGUCGUCAGAUUACCGCAAGCAUAUACGCACGCACACGGGUGAAAAGCCCUAUGUCUGUGACACUUGUGGCAAGGAUUUCAUUCGCUCCUCUGACCUGCGGAAGCAUGAGCGGAACAUGCACACCAAUGACAAGCCCUUCCCCUGCAUGCACUGUGGCAAGACCUUCAAUAAACCCCUCUCCCUGAAGCGCCAUGAGCGUAAGCACCUGGGUGAAAAGCCUUUCUCGUGCCCUGACUGUGGGAAGGCAUUUGCUCUGGCCAGUCGUAUGGCAGAGCACCAGAAGAUCCACACAGGAGUUCGUCCAUAUGUCUGCUCGGUGUGCUCCAAGUGUUUCACAAAGUCAUCAAAUCUGACCGAGCAUGAGGCCAUUCACAGUGGAGCACGGCCCCAUAAGUGCACAGAGUGCGGUGUGGCAUUUGCCAUGGCCUCCCGCCUCAUUCGUCACCAGUAUGUCCACAAUAAAGAGAAACCCCACAACUGCCCAGGAUGCAGCAAGAACUUUAGCCACCUAGCAACACUGAAGCUUCACCAGGAGCAAACCUGUGCUGGGAGGAUCUUUGUCUGUGUGGAGUGUGACAAAUCUUUCCAGUGUGCUGCAAAGCUUGCACAGCAUAUGCUGAACCACAGGGACAUGAAUGUCUGAGUCUGUUAAAAGACAGGUACUGUACACAUCCAUCUCUGUACAACUACUGUUUAUUCAAAUUACCACUGCAUAUCUAAAUGAAGUAAUAUAAUAUUGUAUUAAUUUCAAAUAUUCAGUUCCAGACAUCAGAUCCAUUCAAGGUCAUAGGAAACCAGUUAAUUUAAAGUGAGUGAUUACAAAAGCAUUAGACCCUUUUUAAAGUGACAAUUAACACUCAUUUGGAAGUUCAUCAGGAACACCCAGCUAAAACUAAUGCGGUUGAAUCAACAGCACCACAGUGACCACACAGCUGAAUCAGUGCCUGUGUAAAAAAGUUUCAAUACCAUCUGAACAUUCUAACCAUAAUGAAGGUUAGUAAUACAUACAACAUUGCUAUUUUGCAUUUAGGGAAUUCAGGCAGUUUAUCAUGACAAAUGGCUAUCAGUGAUGUAGCAUGCCAGGGUCAGUCCUAAUCUGGUGGGCAAGGUGGGACAUUCUGACUCAGCCCAAGUAGGGGUUGUGCUGAGCACGGUAUUAAACAUCCUAAUUUAAUAUCAGUGACAUAAACAUACAGUAAGUGACAACUUUCAUUUAUAUGGUGGACAACUGGAACAUUAUUGUGUCUUUGAUGGAUGGAGGGAAGGCUUAAUGCUGUCAUUCCAUAUCCUUGAAUCUUUGUUUACAGUUGUCCAGUUUUUGGUGGUUUCACUUUUUCUUGAUGCACAAGCAGUGGCUGCAAAAACAUGAUUUAACAUUGUCAUAAACCAAUCGUAACUUGGGAAGAAACCCCUGACUCGUUACUCUGACUACACUGACAGACAAGAGUAGUUUUUAAAGGUUCAGGGAAGCCAGCUAAUUAGUGAGCCAUUGCUUUUUGCCAGGAGAUGUUGCUAUGUGAGGUUGGUGCACUGUUAUUUUGUCCUCACUGUUCUUUGUACUCAUGUUUAGAAUGAGUAGAAAGCACCAUGUGUUUGACAACACAGUUAAUUCCAUGCUGGAAGUUUAGUUUGAUAUGUGAUUUUAUAGUUAAGGUCUUUCCUUUAGUUUAAUUUGUAUUACAGACAUAGCAAUUUAAACAUAUUCUAAAAUUUACCAUGCAUGAUAUAUCAGCUGCAAAUCUGUGGUUUUUUAAUCAUUCUGCCAAAUGCACAAGAAUGUUUGGUUUGUAUGAGCAUUUGGUUUAAGCAGAAGCUCAAACUCCAAUUAAUAAAAGCAAACCAACAUUGUAAAUCUGUAGUGUUAGAAUUUACUGUGAAGGUGAAUCUCAAUAAAAGUUUUCUACCAAACAGUAAUCAGAACGUCAUCAGGCCACUUUCUUUCUUACAGAGGAAUCAUUUAAAACCAAGACACAGCAAAUUCAUAAAACCAUGAAUUUUUCAAAACUUUGGGAAAAAAGUCUUCACAAGCAAUUAUUUCCAAAAUGAAGAGAAGGUCUGAAUCUUUCAGCAUCUUUGACUCUUUGGUGAUGCCACAUUUUGGAUGCCACUUGAAAGAGUCUUUUAUAAAGCUGUUCAUUCUGAAUGUGUUUAUACUCUGACAUGUUACUGACAGGCAUGAGUGGUGACACACAUCUUGGUUGUCUGUGUGUGCUGGAUUCUCGGCCAGUGUGUCCCACUCACACUUGGCUACUGCAGACUAAUCGUAAAAGGAGACAGCACCUGUCAUGUUGUCACUUACUCUACAUUAAAUGGGAGGCCCCUUUUGGAGUGCCAGCUAUUUCUUGGCGCCCUGUAUUUAUAUAAUAUGUGAUUUUAACUGUAUCAAAAAAACAUAUGGAGACAGUGAGUACAGCUUUUAACAUUUUAUAAUACUGAGAAAUUACUCUGAGUCAGAAUUGCACAGAUAUACUUGUAAUUAAUACAUUUAAUGUGCUGGUACAGAUGUACAAAAAUCAUUCACAUAUGUUGUCAUACAUAGUAAA